AUGGAGCUGGCUCUGGGUGGAUGUAUUGGUGAUGUUUGGGAGGUGCUGGUACUGAGGAGGACAGGAGGACUCUACCUGCUGCUGCUCUGCUGGCUGCUGGCUGCUCACCCCACAGCGCGCGCCUCAGACACCUCCUCAUCUCCCUCCUCCUCCUCUUCCUCAUCGAGUCUCGGAGGUUUUGUGGAAUUCACUUUCACUCAGGAACCUCAGGACACGGUAACGGUUCGGGGGGGCGUGCUGCAGCUGGACUGCCAGGCGCAGUCUGACGCGGCGGCAGGACCUCCCACCAUCACAUGGCGUAAGGAUGGCGUGCUGGUGAGCGCGGUUGUGGACGAGCGGCGGCGGCAGCUGGCUAACGGCUCACUGCUGGUGCAGAACGUUGUGCACUCACGGCACCACCGGCCUGAUGAAGGCGGAUAUCAGUGCCUCGCCACAUUGGAUGGACUGGGGAGCAUUGUUAGCCGGGCUGCCAGGGUCACUGUGGCUGGUCCACUAAAGGUGGUCGUCCCCACCGAGUCGGUCUCCUCGUACCUUGGUGACACUGCCCUGCUGCGCUGUGAGGUCUCGGGCGACCCGUCGCCGGUCAUCCGCUGGCAGAAAAACCGGGAGGACCUCCCACUGGCCCUGGACUCGGAGUCCCGCCUGGCAGCACUGCCGUCUGGCUUGCUGCAGGUCAGCCGCGUCCAGCCGCCGGACUCUGCCACGUACCGCUGUCUGGCCGAUAACCCUGGCAGCACCAGGACAGGGACGGACGCCGAGCUCCGAGUGCUCCCAGAGCCUGGGGUGAGCAGGAACCUUCAGUUCCUCCAGCGUCCGUCCAGAGUAACCGCUCUGCUGGGAACCGAUGCCGUGCUGGAAUGCUCUGCCUCCGGAUAUCCGACUCCGAGCAUCCAGUGGAGGAGAGGAGAGGAGCUUAUUCAGAGCUGGAAUAAGAAAUACUCUCUGCUGGCGGGCAGUAAUCUGAUCAUCAGGAGUGUCACUGAUGAUGACUCUGGCAGUUACAGCUGUACAGCUACCAACAAGAACCACAACAUCACUGCACACACAGAGCUGAGUGUACUGGUGCCUCCUCAGUUCCUGAACUACCCAACCAACACUUUCGCCUAUGAGUCCACCGACAUCGAACUGGAGUGUGCUGUGACAGGAAGCCCACCACCGACCGUCCGCUGGAUGAAAAAUGGAGAGGAAGUCAUCCCUAGCGACUACUUCCAGAUAGUGGACGGCAGUAACCUUCAGAUUUUGGGUUUGGUGAAGUCAGAUGAAGGAUUUUAUCAGUGUGUAUCUGAAAACUCAGCCGGGAGCUCGCAGGCGAUGGCUCAGCUUCUGCUCCGAGAGCCAGUGUCCCCCAGCCCAGGCGUUGCCCUCCCCUCUUCCCCCCGCGACCUGGUCCCUGUCCUAGUGUCCAGCCGAUUUGUUCGACUCAGCUGGCGCCCCCCAGAGGAAACAGGAGGAGCUGUGCAGACCUAUGGAAUUUAUUACUCCCAAGAUGGAGUCGAGAGGGAGCGGUCAGUGAACGUGUCAGAGCCUGAGUCUUUGGAGCUGACAGUCUCCAACCUGAAACCAGAGGAGAGCUACAGCUUUAGAGUCAUCGCUUACAAUGAUGUGGGGCCAGGAGAGAGCUCUGCCCCCCUGAGGAUCACCACCAAACCUGACCUCCAGGUUCCCAGCAAGGUGGUGUCUCUCCAAGCUGAGGCUCUGUCACCCACCUCCAUCCAGGUGAGCUGGGAGCCUCCCAACCAACCGAACGGCCCCAUCCUGGGCUACAGACUGCUGUGGACCGAGAGCCCGUCUGGCAAGGAACAGAGUGUCGAGGUGACUGGACUCAGCUACAAGAUGGAUGGACUCAAUAAGUUCACAGAGUACACAGUUCGAGUUCUGGCAAUCAACCGCUACGGAGGAGGCACUGCCUCAGAGACCACCAGUGUCACGACCCAAUCAGAUGUACCCAGUGCUCCUCCUCAGAACAUCACCCUCGAGGUUGUCCUGUCCAGGAGCAUCAAGGUGUCAUGGCAGCCUCCUCCACGGAGCACCCAGAACGGCAUCAUCACUGCCUAUAAGAUCAAAUACAGGAAGACCGGUCGCCGUGGAGACCAAGAGGCCAUUGAACCCAACAACUUCUGGUACCUGUUCACAGGUCUAGAGAAGGGCAGUCAGUACAGUUUCCAGGUAUCAGCCAUGACUGCCAAUGGAACAGGCCCAGCCAGUGACUGGUACACCACUGAGACGCCAGAGAAUGACCUGGAUGAAAGUCAGGUGCCCGACCAGCCAAGCUCUCUGCACGUCAGGCCACUGCCCAAUAGCAUCAUCAUGUCCUGGACACCACCCCUCAGCCCAAACAUCCUAGUUCGAGGUUACAUCAUUGGCUACGGAGUUGGAAGUCCCUACGCCGAGACGGUCAGAGUGGACAGCAAGCAGAGAUACUACUCCAUUGAAAACCUAGAGCCAAGCUCGCACUAUGUGAUUUCUCUAAAGGCAUUCAACAAUGCCGGAGAGGGAGUUCCUCUGUAUGAGAGCGCUGUCACGCGAUCUCUGACAGACCCCAUAGACCCAUCUGAGGAUGACCUCUUCCACCUCCUUGAUAAGUACCCCACUCCCAUGCCAGACACCAGCACUCCCAUGAUCCCCCCGGUGGGGGUCCAAGCUGUGGCUCUGUCCUCGGACUCAGUCCGUGUCUCCUGGGCUGACAACUCCAUGACCAAGAACCAGAAGGCAUCUGAGGUCCGGUAUUACUCUGUCAAGUGGAAGACCAGCUACUCUACCAGUGGAAAAUACAAGUCUGCAGACACCACGGCACUGAGUCACACUGUCACUGGCCUGAAACCAAACACGAUGUAUGAGUUUGCUGUCAUGGUAACCAAAGGUCGCAAGUCUAGCACGUGGAGUAUGACAGCACAUGCCACAACAUAUGAAGCAGCUCCUAGCUCCGCCCCCAAAGAUUUGACUGUGAUCAGUCGUGAGGGACGACCCCGCGCCAUUUUAAUCAGCUGGCAACCACCAACGGAGGCUAACGGACGAAUCACAGGUUACAUCCUGUACUACACCCUGGAUAAGAACAUGCCAAUAGAUGACUGGAUGAUGGAGGCCAUUAGUGGUGACCGGCUGACCCAUCAGGUUGUGGAUCUGAACCUCGACACAGUUUAUUAUUUCAGGAUUCAGGCCAAGAACACCAAAGGGGUCGGCCCACUCUCUGAGCCUGUCCACUUCAAGACUGCCAAAGUGGAACAUCCAGACAAGAUGGCCAAUGAUCAAGGUCGAGGUGGAGACCACACCCACUGGCUGUCUGACACCAACAUGAUUGACAGGAGCAGUAUCGAUGAAUCUCCCAUCGGUCAGAUGCGUCCACCCCAUGGCAGCGCCACACCUCAAAAGAAUAGUAACCUCCUGGUCAUCAUCGUGGUUUCUGUUGGAGCCGUCACUGUGGUUGUGGUCGUUAUUGUGGCGCUUAUCUGUACCCGUCACUCCUCCGCUCAGCAGAGGAAGAAGCGAGCAAGCCACAGUGCCAGUAAGAGAAAGGGCAGCCAGAAGGACCUGCGACCUCCUGAUCUCUGGAUCCAUCACGAGGAGAUGGAGAUGAAGAGCAUGGAGAAAGCGCCCAGUGUUGCCCCAUCUGGACAUGAUUCGCCCAUCCAGUCCUGCCAGGACCUCCCCCAGGUCACACACAGCCAGUCAGAGAGCCAGAUGGGCAGCAAGAGCAGCCACUCAGGAGCUGAUGGUGAUGAGGCAUCCAGCAGUAUCUCCACUCUGGAGCGCUCGCUGGCUGCUCGGAGGGGAACACGAGGCAAAAUGAUGAUUCCAAUGGACUCACAGCCGAACAACACACCGGUGGUCAGUGCCAUCCCAGUGCCGGCUCUGGACUCUUCUCAGUAUACUGGUAUCCUGCCUUCACCCUCCUGUGGCUUCACUCACAACAAAUUCAGCCUGAGACCGAUGCCUUUCUCCAGCCUGACUGUGGACAGAGGAUACACACCAGCAAUGCCUUCAGACACCUCCACCAAUCCUCUCCUCCAGCAGCAGCCUCCACCCCAGCAGGCCCCACCCCUCCUACCCGGCUCCUCCGCUCAACCCGGGGAGCAUGUUUCCGCAGUUGGCCCAGUCCCAGGGGCCCCUGCUAGUGUUGCUGCUGCUGCAGCGGAGGAAGUCCAGGCUGGGAGUGGUCGGACCAUCCCGACAGCCUGUGUGCGGCCCACCCAUCCGCUACGAAGCUUCACCAAUCCGCUGUUGCCACCACCCAUGGGAACAAUCGACCCCAAGGUGUACACCUCCAUGAUGCCACAGUCCAGUGUGAGCCUUCCAAAGCCCCAGGUGAAGACUGCAUCUCUGGGUCAGGCCAGUAAGGCUCGCUCCCCUCUGUUGCCCGUCUCAGUUCCUACGGCGCCAGACUUACUGGAAGAGGGAGGAACGAAACCGGCUGAGGAUUCAGCUGCCAAUGUUUACGAGCAGGACGACCUUUCAGAGCAGAUGGCCAGUCUAGAAGGGCUGAUGAAGCAGCUCAAUGCCAUUACCGGCUCAGCCUUCUAA